AUGAAUAGAUACUCUUUGAAUGUUUAUCAAGUAGUUUGCUUGGUUAUUGGUUUGGGUUGUGUCUGGUGUAGUUCUGAUAGGAAGUCAGAUAAGAUGUGGUUGUUUGGUAUAUUUAAAAGGAUCCUGUUAAAUCUAGAUAGUAAAAUGGCAACGGGUUGUGUUGAGAUAACCAAUGCAAUAGACGAGCUGAAAGUCUUAAGCGAGAAUCAAACAAAGCAAAUAGAUCAAAUAAAGCAGUGCCAACAGAACCUUGAGAAAGAAGAACAAGAGGCUUCUGAGAACAUGAACUCAACCCAAAGCGAUUGCAGCUUCUCUGACAAAUCAAAGAAUCUAGUCGAACAAAAGAAGAUUAACUUGAUAUCUCAACUAGUCAGAGAAGAAGUAGUACAGAAAAGUAUUGAUGUAUUUAUCCGGCAACUAAGUGAAUGGUUAGAUGAAUGUAAGAAUGGCCUGGCGUCAGAGAUAUUGCAAGCGACGGGCAUAGAUAAGAUGGAAAAACUAUUAGAACGACUAGAACAAAUGAAGAGUCGCUUCAUGCACAUACGAAAACGACUCCUCGAAUUAAAAAGAAGCGAAGUUGAAGAUGAGCUAAUCAUAAUAGGUGCCCGAUGCGAUUCCCAUGAAUUAAAACGCCGAUUCGCUACGAUCAUGGUAACAGAACUAAUGAAAAUAAGACCUAAUAUUAAUAGGUUAGACCGGAACUAUCUAACUCAAGUUAUGGAAUCAAAGAUAGAUCAAUUCUUGAUAAAUGAUGAACCCAAAAGCCCCGACAACAUAUCUAGGAUAAUUGAAGAAGCGCUAGUUUGGCUUGAUGGUAGGUCUAAAGAAAUGGAAGUCAAAAGUGAAAGUGAAAGUGAACAGAAGCCCACUGGUUCAGAACCAUCCAAUUCAAGAACUCAAUUAAGCAAUCCCCAAACUAACGAAUCUGGCAUGGACGGCAAGCUUCAUUCAGGUAGGAAGUCUGCUGACCAAGAUUCUACGUCAUCUUCUGAUAGCGAUAUAAUUCAACUAUCCGAGUUGGAUCAAAAGGAUUGUACACUUAAGUUAGACCCAAAGCAAGAAAAGCUCCUUCAUAAGUUUAUAAGUCGCAGUGACCAGUACGUAUUAGAAGAUGAAACCCGCCCUGUUUGGAGAAUGUUUGAUAUCAACGAAGAUAAUCAAUCCAGAAAGUAUGGACUAUCUGGCAUUGCGUUGCAAGGUAGAGAUUGGGCUUUGCUGGACUUUGAUUGGAAAGAAAGUGAAGUGAUGAAGUUACUAGAUGUCUUAAAGAAGUUCAGUAAAUUCAUACUCAAUACGAAAAGUAUCUGGCUACAGACUCCUUACAACUCUGCAGGUUGGUUGGUCCUAUCCCAGCUUUUAACACUGUUCGAAAACCCUGAGUUGAGUGCUAUGAAGAAACCUCUUGAGAUUCUUAUCUUUUUGCCGUAUAGAACUUGCCCUUCUUUGGAGUCAUCAUUCAAUGAUGACAAGAAACGAGAGCAGUUCCGAAACCAGAUUAAGGAGAUCGAAGAGUCGCGAUACAUUAUCAGCAUGAGUAUUCAUGAACUCACAUCAAAUGUGCAGGAGUUCAUUUGGCCACUAGCAACCCAUUUAUCAAUGUCCGCAAUAGGUAUAUUCCUCCCCCAAAUGGACAAGAUAGACUUUCUUAACGAUGUCAACUGGAUAGACCGAUUCACCCUCAAAUUAGAAUUAGACUACCAAAAGGAGAAUACUAUUGUUAGUUUAGGAGCCAGGACCGCGAAAGGCAAAGAUCUUCCAACUUGUGAAUGCCUAACUAUUAAGACUAACCUUUCAGUCCGAGACCAACCGUCUAACAGCCCCACAAAGAUUUGUGUUACAGGCCUUACUGAAUACCUUCAACCCAAUUCUUUUGAUGAGGAUGGCAGGCCCUUAAACACUUUAUUACAGGUGUCCCCUGACAUUUCAACAUCUCCAUGA